UUGCCUCCAUAAUACAAGUAUAUAAACACAGACAAAUCAUAUAAAAGUCGCCGUCAGGCGACAAUACUCACUGAACAGUCCCUCACUUCUCUCUCCCAUUAUAAAACUCUUUUAAACCUUUAUUAAAAAUAUGAGCUUCCACGGCAAACUUUGACACGCUCCUUUCCUUUGACGCGCCACCACCAACUACCACGCGCCACCAAAUCUUCACCUUUUGUCAUCUUUCUCUUCUCUCAACUUUCCUUUCCUUUCUGAUCUGAGAAAAAAGAGGGGCUUUAAAGGCUUGUAUGAGUCUGUUUCCGUCGAUGAUAACAACAGAAUGGGCGGAGUCACGUCGUCGAUCGCGGCCAAGUUCGCUUUCUUCCCUCCGACCCCACCGUCUUACACUCUGAUCUCAGAAGACGACGCGUCGUCGUUGGAAACUCAACCUGUUCGCUUCUCUAUUCCUGAGGUUCCUAGGAAAAACAACGUGGAAGUACUCAAGCUUCGGACCAGAAAAGGCAACGAUAUCGUAGCUAUUCAUGUUAAGCAUCACAAGCCUUCCGCUACUCUGCUUUACUCUCAUGGAAAUGCUGCUGAUUUGGGUCAGAUGUUUGAGCUUUUCGUUGAACUUAGCAAUCGACUUCGUGUCAAUCUCAUGGGGUAUGAUUACUCUGGUUAUGGACAAUCAACUGGAAAGCCAUCUGAAUGUAAUACAUAUGCUGAUAUUGAUGCAGCAUAUAAAUGCCUUAAGGAGCAGUAUGAUGUUAAAGAUGAACAAUUAAUAUUGUACGGUCAAUCUGUUGGUAGCGGCCCCACCCUUGAUCUUGCUUCAAGAAUACCAAACUUGAGAGGAGUGGUUUUACAUAGCCCAAUUUUGUCUGGGCUGAGAGUACUGUACCCAGUCAAAAGAACAUUCUGGUUUGAUAUUUUUAAGAAUAUUGACAAAAUUGGCAUGGUAAACUGUCCCGUUCUUGUUAUACAUGUAAGUCAUAUUUACUUCAAAUUUCAUUUUCAUUCUCUUCUUGCUCUUCAUCAUGAUGGCCAUAUUCUUCUUGAUCUCUUUGAGUGUGGGUGGGUUCAUGUGGCUGGAUGCAAGUAUGAUUACUCUGGUUAUGGACAAUCAACUGGAAAGCCAUCUGAAUGUAAUACAUAUGCUGAUAUUGAUGCAGCAUAUAAAUGCCUUAAGGAGCAGUAUGAUGUUAAAGAUGAACAAUUAAUAUUGUACGGUCAAUCUGUUGGUAGCGGCCCCACCCUUGAUCUUGCUUCAAGAAUACCAAACUUGAGAGGAGUGGUUUUACAUAGCCCAAUUUUGUCUGGGCUGAGAGUACUGUACCCAGUCAAAAGAACAUUCUGGUUUGAUAUUUUUAAGAAUAUUGACAAAAUUGGCAUGGUAAACUGUCCCGUUCUUGUUAUACAUGGGACUUCUGAUGAAGUUGUGGAUUGGUCCCAUGGGAAGCAGCUUUGGGAGCUUUGCAAGGAAAAGUACGAACCCUUGUGGUUAAGUGGAGGUGGACAUUGCAAUCUUGAGCUUUACCCAGAGUUCAUUAAACACCUAAAGAAAUAUGUACAGACCAUUAGCAAAUCAAAAGCAACCACAAAUGGUUCUAAAAAACCUACAGUAGAAUCUGAUAAUCAGAGCAAAGCAUCUGAAACUGGAACUGCAGAUACAUUUGAAUUAAGUUCAGAUGUUCCAGAAGUUUCUAGAAACAGUUUAGAUAGCCGACUUGAGAAGUCCAGAAAAUCAAACAAGCCUGAAAAGUCUCGUAUGAGCACUGACCGUGUUGACAGGUUUAGACGAAGAAAGGGCUUAGUCUGGUGAUUAAUUUACACAGCAUUUCAAUAAGUUAUGUGCUAAUAUCUACUUGAGAAGGUAAAUCUAUUCACCCCAGCUUAUGUAAUGAUGUGAUCCUAGAUGGAAUAUAUCCAGUUGAGUGUGUUCCUUCACGUAAUUAUUUUUCUUUAUCUGUAUGUAUGCUCAAAGAUUGAGAGGAAUCUAGCAUUUUUUAUUUCUUCUCAUCUUUUGUAAAAUCAACAGCCUUAUGCAGUUUUAGCUAUUUUCUUUCUUUAGUCUCUUAAGUUGAUAUUCUAAUUGUAUGUAUUCUAUUACAGCAUUAUCAAACUCAAAAUUCAUGUAGUUUCAGAUA